AUGAACAUACCCAUCGCUAACAUCACUGUUAUAAGCCACAAGUUUUUCUACCUUCUGGGCAUUCCUGGCCUUGAAGAUCAGCAUAUCUGGAUCUCAGUCCCAUUUUUUACCUCCUAUAUUAUUGCCUUUCUUGGUAACAGCUUCCUUAUCUUUAUCAUUGUCACUGAUCACAGUCUUCAUGAACCCAUGUAUAUCUUCCUAUGCAUGUUGGCUAUAUUUGACCUUGGCCUCUCCACCAUUAUAAUUCCCAAAGCCUUGACCAUUUUUUGGUUUAAUUCUGGAGGUAUAUCCCUAGAUGGUUGUAUUAUUCAGAUAUUCUUUGUUCACUCCACCUUUAUUGCUGAAUCAGGAAUUCUUCUGAUAAUGGCAUUUGACCGCUAUAUUGCAAUUUGUUACCCACUGAGAUACACAAUGAUCCUUAAAUCCUCAGUGAUUAUAAAAAUCAGUAUAGCUGCUUAUAUGAGAGGUAUUGUUACCGUAUUUCCUCUUACAUUCCUUUUGAAGAAGCUAAUUUUCUGCAAAAAUAACUUUCUCCCACACACAUUUUGUGAACACAUUGGUUUGGCCAAGUAUGCUUGUGUUAGCAUUCAUGUGAAUCUCUGGUAUGGUUUAUUUGUCAUCUUAAUAACUAUUGUACUAGAUGUUAUCCUUAUUGUGGCAUCCUACUGUAUGAUUCUCCGUGCCAUAUUUCACAUGCCCUCUCAGGAAGCUCGUUUAAAGACUCUCCAUACCUGUGGCUCCCAUAUAUGUGUGAUCUUGCUUUUCUAUAUCCCAGCAAUCUUCACAACUCUGGUCCAGAGGUAUGGCAAAUCGAUCCCACCUCAUGUCCACAUACUAAUAGCUAAUAUUGCCAUUCUGAUUCCUCCUAUGAUGAACCCCAUCAUAUAUGGGAUCAAGACAAAACAGAUCAGGAACCGAAUGUUUCAACAUUGCUUAAGAGCCAAAAAUGACCUUAGAAGUGAUGGCUGA